GUGUAUGUGAGAGCCGUGUGUGUGUGUGAGAGAGCCGUGUGUGUGUAUGUGAGAGAGCGGUGUGUAUGUGAGAGGUGUGUGUGUAUGUGUGUGUGUAUGUGAGAGCCGUGUGUGUGUAUGUGAGAGCCGUGUGUGUGUAUGUGAGAGCCGUGUGUGUAUGUGAGAGCCGUGUGUGUGUAUGUGAGAGAGCCGUGUGUGUAUGUGAGAGAGCGGUGUGUGUGUGUGAGAGAGCCGUGUGUGUGUAUGUGAGAGAGCGGUGUGUGUGUGUAUGUGAGAGCUGUGUGUGUAUGUGUGUGUGUAUGUGAGAGAGCGGCGUGUGUGUGUAUGUGAGAGAGCCGUAUGUGUGAGCCGUGUGUGCCUGGGGGCUCACUCUCUGCUCCUCCGUCUGGCGAAAAGUUGUGAUGCUGCUGCUGCUGCUGGUUUGCUUGCUGCUUUGAGAGGGGACACGCCGACGUUGGAUGUUGGAGGAGGAGUUGCACUCGUGAGCGAAGGGAGGAAUCUCUCUUUCGAUCGGUCUCUCGUCUCGUACAGCUGACUGUGAGGGGACAAAACGAACUCGUUGAAGGAUCCUCAACUGCCCCGAGUUUCGCUUCAGUGACCACUCUAGCAACGGGCGGACAUCGACCACGAUGGCUGGUGGAUCUUCUUAGCACAGCAGCGAAACCAUCAUCAUCAGCAGCGGCAGCGAAAUUAUCAGCAUCAUCAGCAGCAGUAGCAGCGGCUGCUAAAGAAGACAUCAAAAGAGAAGACGCUCCAUCAUCACCCGCUUGCAUUGCGGUCCACGUAUACUUUGAACUUUUAUAAUUUUGGCCGACAGUUAAACGAACACUACAAAGGCUGGCACGUUAGACCCAUCGGCGGCGGCGGUGGUGGUGGUGCUGACGGUGGUUUGGAGAACGUAGUUCCCCCCCCCCACCACGCGCCCCCCAUGCAUUUGCCGCGGCGCGCACGGACGACGCGAAAGGCGGACUGGAUCGCGCUCCCUGGACAUGGACCUUCGCAGGCAGAAUGUUGAACUCUGUAGCUGUCAGCUGUUGCUGCUGCUGCUCUUGCUGCUGCCACGACCAGUGCUGCCGGCGUCGUCGCCGCUGCUGCUGCUCUGACCGCGAGUGAAUCGAGUGAUCGAGCAGAUCGGAAGGGGGCGGCGGUAAGAGGAGAAUCAGCGUCGGAAGCAUCGUCAGCUCACGUCCCCUCCGAUAAUGGGACUUUGGGCGGGCGCUCUCACAUGGAUUGCAUUCACCACAGCUGGGAUGGCGGUGUCGGCUCGCUAUGCUAAGUAUUCCUACACGUCUCAAGCUGAUUUCCUGCGGAAUGUGGAUCACUACGAAACGACGAUACCGCAGAGGGUCGACCACAACGGAGCGCCGGUCCCUCCGCCCGAGAGGAACGACGGCCGGGCCCGGCCCAGGAGGAGCGUGGACGGGCUGCGGACAGGCGACGGGCACGGCGACGCGGCGCAGGUCUACUACCGGCUCGCCGCCUACGGGCGUCAGCUCCACCUCAACCUGAGCCUGAACGCGGCGCUCGUGUCGCGGGCCUUCUCCGUCGAGUACUGGGGCCGCCGCGGCCUCGACUGGCGCCACAACUACGUCUCCGACUGCCACUACACGGGCCACCUGCAGGGCCGCCAGGGCACCACCCGCGUCGCACUCAGCAACUGCAACGGCCUGCACGGGGUGAUCGUGGCGGACGGAGAGGAGUUCUUUAUCGAACCGCUGCGGAACGCCACCUCCAGCUCGCCGUCGUCGCCGUCGUCGCGGCGAGCGCGGCGCGGGCGGCACGAUGGGCCGCACCUCGUCUUCAAGCGCUCGGCCGUGCGGCUGCACCGCAAGCACGGGGAGGAGGAGGCGGCGUGCGGCGUAGGGGCGAAGUCCUGGACGGGAGGCAGCGGCCGGCGGAAAGGGGCCAAAGCGCCGGCACGGCAGCGCGGGGCGUGGUGGUGGCGGCCGCCGCUGGCGGCGUCGUCGGCGGCCCAGCGCGGGCGCCGCUCGGUGAGCGUGGAGCGCACCGUGGAGACGCUGGUGGUGGCCGACAAGCUCAUGGUGGGCUUCCACGGGCGCCGGGACAUUGAGGACUACCUGCUCACCAUCAUGAACAUCGUCGCCAAACUCUUCCACGAUUCCAGCCUUGGCAAUGCCGUGAGCAUCAUGGUCACUCGGCUGAUCCUCCUCACGGAAGAGCAGCCCGGGCAAGCGUUUUACGGAACCCGUUUCCUACGCCGGUGCAGGCCGGGCGCCCGUCGGUGGCACGCCCCUCCGCUCGGGUCGCUGUCGCCCCGUGGGGUGGCCGCUCCGUAA